AUGGCACUACCCGCCCAACAGGGCAUUGCGCGUCGCGGUCUUAUUCAUGACAUUAUUGAUGGUGCUUCCAAUGCUUUAAAUGGUGGUAGCGAUUCAAGUGGCGAUGAUAGCAGCUCGAGUGGCGGGGGUAUUGGUAAUGCUAUUAGUGGUGCGGUCAGUGGUGCUAUCAGUGGCGGUUGGAAUGGUUUGACUGGUGACGGCGGUUCGAGUGACGAUGAUAGUAGCUCGAGUGACGGUGAUACUCCCAGUAGUACUUCCACUAAGCCUGCCUCUACUUCUACUGAGCCUACCUCUACUCCCGCUCAGCCUGCCUCUACUCCCAGUGAUCCUGGUAUUCCAACCGGCACCGCAGACAGCGGCAGCGACAGUGACAGCGGCGACAGCGGCGACAAUAGCACUAACAAACCACCUGGCAAAGUCUGCAAACCCAGGAGCCGGCCCAGUCCGGACGAAGUCGGCUCGCUCACAGAUGGCGGCGUCAUAUUCGACAAGUCCCCUCCUUCCAACCGUGUGCCCUCGCCGUGGGGUCCUAGCGGCCACCGAUCCACUCCGCUUUUCUUCAGCCGGCCUACCGCGAGCGCGAUCGCGAAACGCUUCGGAAGCAGCGGUUACAAGCACAGGCGCAGCUCCGGACCCAGUAAGAGCGAUCGAGACUAUAACAGCUCUAUUGACAAGAAUGGCUCUAAUGGAGAACACGGGACACCUACGCCGUCCCAAUCCGAGAGUAAACGACAGUCGCCGCCGCAGGUCUCUACUAUUAUGAAUGCAGCAGGGGCAGCUGCGGGAGUUGUACCGAUCGUCAUCGGUACGCCCAAGGAGAGUGGCCAUGCUAUUGCUCCAGUUCUACAAGGGGGUGUUCCACCUGUUUCACCAGUGACGGAAGCAGCCGAGGCGGCUGCCGGCGUUGUUGGGGCACUUGUGGCACCCGAGAACAUUUCCCGCCGAGAUGAUAAGAGCCCAGGUGGUGCGAAUGGAGUGAAUGUGGUCGAUGCCCCAGGACAGCAUCACGGAUCUAAUUCACCAGGAGGAGGUGAGGUUCCACGUCUCGUCGGAGGUGGUUCACCCAAGAUGAUCGAAGUACCAUUGAGUGAUCUGCGUCCACUUGAGGCGCUUGAGAAAGACUUAGCUCGUAUCAUUAAACAAGAGUCUGAACACAAGAACGGCAAUGGCGUGGCAGAGUCUGAACACCACAAGAACGGCAACGAUGGGGCAGAGUCCGGACACCACAAGAACGGCAAUGAUGUGGAAGAAGGGCAUGGUCCUGCACUUUCGGCUAGUCCGACUGCUGACCCUUCCACCAUUCAGCCUACUCAUAUUCCCAUCGGCACUAAGCCUGACUCUCCCGAUGGUAACGGUGAUAGUCAUGGUGGCUCCGUCGAUGGUCACGGCAGUGGCUCUGGCCGCGGCCCGAAUGCCGCUGGCGGAAACAAGCCGACAUCGACAAGCUUGACUGUCUCGCCGUCCCCCAGCUCCGCUACGAAGUGGGACCAGCAAGCUCCCGCAUCUGGUGGUGAGAGACGAAUACUCCCUUGA